GAGUGAAUUCAGUGAGUGAGAAAUUAUCUUGCUAUGUUCAAAUAGUGGAUGAUAUUUGGCCAGGACUUGACAUGCCAUGUCCAUUUUGUCAAGAUCCACUUAUCUCAUCAAAUAAAUCUAACAAAAACCUGGUUGUAGCUUUGAGCAUAUGUCAACAUCGAAUGCAUCUCACUUGUCUAAACUCAAUUUUAAACAAUCAACCUUAUUCUAACCAGUGGAUGUAUAUUCAAUGUCCAAUCUGUAUGAGAGUCUAUGGAGAAAAAAGAGGUAAUCAGCCACCGGGUGCUAUGAAGUGGACAUAUUUAAAUAGGUCAUUACCUGGAUAUGGUAGUACAAGAACUAUUCAAAUCACAUAUGAAAUAUCAUCUGGAAUUCAAGGUGAAGAACAUCCACAUCCGGGCCGUCCAUACUAUGCUCUAGGCUUUCCAAGAAUUUGUUAUUUGCCAGACACUGAAAAAGGAAGGCGUGUAUUAUCAUUAUUAAGUAAAGCAUUUGAAAGGCGACUGGUAUUUACAGUUAGACUUUCAAUGACGACUGGUAAUGAAGAUGUUGUUGCAUGGAAUGGUAUCAUACACAAGACAGACUUUGACACUAGAAUGCAUCAUGGUUUUUUAGAUGAAUGUAUCGAACAAUUAUCAGCACAUGGCGUUGUUUGAAUAAUUUUAUCUWUAUAAAUUAGGCACUAAUUCUGUUUUAUUUUCAAACUAUCUUAUCAUAUUAUAUUAUCACACCACUUUAGYCAUCACAUGAUGUAUAUACUUAACAAAUUAUACACAAAGAAGCUAGAAGAAAAUACUUGUUUUUCUCUACAAUGAAAAUUAUAAAUCAUAGUUGUGUUUUUGUUAAAAAGUGACUAUGACAACAACAAAAUUACGUGACAUCGAUCAGAAACUAAAAAAGUGUAUCCAGGCCAAAAAUAUAUAUAUAUUAAGACUAGCUAUUAAUUAAUUUUUUAAAUAUUAUAGUAUUAUAAACAAGGUAAAUAAUUAAAACAGCAGUAUUUUUGUUGUUGAAAUGUUUUCAGAAAAGGUGAAAAUAUAAAUACUUAAAUCGUGUAUCAUUUCUUUUGUUCUCUAGAUAACCAUAAAAUGAUUUUCUAAACUAAAAUAAUUGAAAUUCUUCUGAACAAUC